ACAUGUUAUAUUGAAUAUGUACAUGAGAGGGCUUUAAGUCCAUUCAUUCAGAUUUGGGAGAGUUUGAAAAGCAAGGAGAACAUGAUGCAACAGAAAUCAAGGAAAGCUUGGGUGGCUCAGGGGGAUGCAAAUACUAGGUUCUUUCAUAACUGUGUGAAGGGCAGAUGGAGAAGGACGGAAAUGAAUAGCAUACAGAUAAAAGGGGAUCAAAUCAGGAACGCCAACAAAAUGAAAGAGGAAAUUGCUUGCUAUUUUGAGGAAUUAUAUACUGAGGUGGAAAAGGACAGACCAAGACUUGACAGGUUGUAUUUCAAGCAACUCACAGGGGAAGACAACGAUAUUCUCACAUCUCCCUUUACUGAGGAGGAGAUAAAGAUAGCAGUAGGAGAAUGUGACAGCAUGAAGGCCCCAGGUCCUAAUGGAUUCAAUUUCAGGUUUGUCAAAGCAGAAUGGGAUGUAAUCAAAGCUGAUGUGGUGAGGUUCCUGCAGGAAUUCCAGGCAAAUGGCAAACUGGUGAGAGGUCUAAACACUUCUUUUGUUGUCCUGGUUCCAAAAGUUGAAAAUCCAGUUCGGAUUGAGGAAUAUAGACCUAUCUCACUUGUUGGAGCGAUGUAUAAAAUCUUGGCUAAGCUUCUAGCUAAUCGGCUGAAGAAGGUGCUUGAGAACUUAAUCGGGGAGCAACAGAUGGCUUUCUUGAAGGGAAGACAGUUGAUGGACGGCAUUGUUAUAGCUAAUGAGGUGAUUGACGAAGCAAAAAAGAAAAAGAAGAAAGCAUUCUUGUUUAAAAUAGAUUUCGAGAAAGCUUUUGACAAAGUAAGUUGGUCCUUUCUUGAUCACAUGAUGCAGAAGAUGGGUUUUUGUGUGAAAUGGAGACUGUGGAUCCAAGAAUGUUUACGAUCCAGCCUGGUAUCAAUCUUAGUUAAUGGCAGUCCAAGUAGGCAAUUCAAAGUGUCAAGAGGUCUAAGACAAGGAGACCCUUUAUCUCCGCUCCUAUUUUUGAUUGUAGCAGAGGGCCUGAAUGGGCUAGUUUCAGAGGCUGUUAGAAAGGGGAAGCUGGAAGGUGUGGAGGUGGGUAAUAAAAGCUUUAGAAUCUCACACUUACAAUAUGCAGAUGACACGAUCCUCUUUGGCAAAGCUACAAAAGAAAAUGUGUGGGAAUUGAAAGGAAUCUUGAGAGCAUAUGAACUGGUUUCAGGCCUGAAAAUCAACUUCAACAAAAGCCAAUUAGUGGGUAUUGGCGUGGAGGAUGCCUGGUUAAACAAAAUGUCUUGGGUGCUGAGCUGUAAAAUAGGUGUUUUGCCAAUAAAAUACCUAGGUAUCACAGUUGGAGGAAGUAGUAAAAGGACCGCUUUUUGGAAACCUCUGAUUGAAAUAUUUGAAAGAAAGCUAGCUUCAUGGAGGGGCAGAUACUUAUCUCUGGGGGGUCGGAUUACGCUUAUUAACUCAGUGCUGUCAAGUCUCCCAGUCUUCUGGAUGUCAAUGUAUAUGAUCCCAAAAGGUACAAUUCUUUUACUUGACAAAAUUCGCAGGAAAUUUUUGUGGGGCGGGGCUGAGGGGGGGAAGAAGAUUAAUUGGGUUAAAUGGGAAAAUGUAUGCAAAGAAAAACAGCUAGGUGGUCUGGGAGUUAAGGAUCUUAGGAAGUUUAACCUCGCCUUAUUAGGCAAGUGGUGGGGGAGACUAGUGAGAGAUGACAAAGGGCUUUGGGGCAAAGAAAUUGAGCCCAGCAGAACUUUGGAGCUGGUUCAGAUGAGGUCGUUUAAAUGGAUCAAAGGCAAAAGGAGAGGAAGCCUCUUCACUGUCUCAGACUGGAUCCUUAACCCAGUAAGCUGCCUGAAUCCGUCUCAGGUUGUUUAAAGUGAUUCUAGGCUUUUGUAAAUCUAAGGCAGGCACCACCUCUUAAAGAUGUAGGGGUCUUUAGCUGGCCUGGUUUAAAGUUUGUAAAGGGUUCGGAGUACCCCCUGUACUCCAAAUCAAUAGAUAUAUUUCGCUUUA